AUGAAGGACGACCUGCUUUCACGAGAGGACGUCGAGGUCCUUAUAGCAGAGGGUAAUCUGGUCGUGAUAUAUCACGACAGAGCCCUCAAGUUGAACAAUUGGAUCACAAAACAUCCGGGAGGUGAUAAGGCCGUGCUCCAUAUGGUCGGUCGGGACGCUUCAGACGAGAUCGAUGUUUAUCAUUCGGAUAAAACUUUGAAAAGUCUGCCUGCUUUCCAGAUAGGAAGAGUGCAACUUCCAUGGCGAAACUUUCUGCCACCAAUUCAGGGUGGUACGUUUAGAACCCGGGCCGAGCUGGAUUCGGAUGAAGGUGUCUCGCUUUCCGACCCGGAUCAGCGAAUUCCUCGAUGGGAAAAAACAGACAUGAAAAAGUCCACUCGUUGGACCAAACAAGAACAGCGAACUCAUGAAAUCAUAGAAAAUUUCGAUAGAAAACUUGUAGAAAGUGAUCGGGAGAAAUACCCGCCAGUGGAUCUCGACACUCAGACUAAUAUCAUUAGCAAAUUCCGUGAUUUACAUAAAGAACUACGGGAAGAGGGCUUUUUCCAGUGUAACUACUGGGGAUAUGUACGAGAAGCGUCGAGAAUAUCGACACUUUUCAUCCUGGCAAGAGUGUUUUUCACUUGGAGAUACCAGUCAUAUGGCACGAUAUGGCUGACCCUGUCGGCGAUAUGUCUUGGUUUAGCAUGGCAUCAGCUCACUUUUAUUGCCCAUGAUGCUGGCCAUCUGGGAAUCACUCAUGAUUAUCAGAUCGAUAAUAUUGUUGGUGUCAUUAUUGCUGAUUAUAUUGGCGGACUUUCUAUUGGCUGGUGGAAACGCAAUCACAAUGUCCAUCAUUUUGUGACCAAUGAUCCAGUCCAUGAUCCUGAUAUUCAGCAUUUGCCUUUUUUUGCUGUGUCGAGCAAAUUCUUUGGAAACAUCAAAUCUACAUACUAUGACCGGGUUCUUGACUACGAUAUCUUUGCCAAGACCCUGUUAAAAGUACAGAAUUACAUGUACUAUCCGAUUCUGUGUUUCGGACGAUUCAAUCUGUACCGACUUUCCUGGGAGUAUCUCAUUCUAGGAUUGGGUCCUAGAAAGGGUAAAGGAGCUUGGCUGCGAUAUUUUGAGCUGGUGGGAAUGGCCUUUUUCUUCUACUGGUUCUUUUACCGUGUAGUGACCUGUUCACUGCACUCGGCAUCCGAACGAUGGCUUUAUGUGAUGGUAUCUCAUAUUGUGACGAUGCCAUUGCAUGUACAAAUCACUCUGUCGCAUUUUGGCAUGUCAACAUCCGACCUUGGAAUCGACGAAUCGUUUGCACAGCGACAGAUCCGGACUACCAUGGACGUCGACUGUCCUCCCUGGCUCGAUUAUAUCCAUGGCGGUCUACAAUUCCAGGCCAUCCACCACCUGUUCCCACGCAUGCCCCGUCACAACCUGCGAGCAGCCCAACCCAAAGUCAUAAAGUUCUGUGAUGACCUCGGCCUCCACUACACCAUCUACGGCUUCACGAAAGGCAACAAAGUGGUCAUCAGCAAACUCGCCGAUGUCGCCAAACAGGCCCGCAUCCUCGCCGACUGCAACGCCUUCUGCCAAAAAGAAAUGCUCUCCGAGCUCGGCAUCCACAAAACAUAA